AUGAUUUCACCUCGUAUGAAAGUUGAAGACAUUUAUGACCUGACGCUGAAAUCAGAACAAUUACUUGAUGCUUUCAACAGAAAAACUCCGGCAACUCAAAUUGGACUGUAUGAACCAACACAUGAAGAGUGGGCAUCUUUAAUAGCACAAUUAGGAAGACCUUCUCCUGUUAUUCGAACCGCAGUUAUUAGACAUUUAAUUUGUUUGAUUGAUAUAUCAAAGAAUGUACCAGAAAUGUUAUUAGAAGGAGUUGGAGCAUUACUUAUUGCCAAAGCAUUAGUUGAUUAUUCUACUAUUAAAGAAAAAGAACCUGAAAAAGUUCGUAAAUAUAAAACAAUGUAUCAAACAAUGAACAGAUAUGCCUUUACUUUAAUCUCAACUAUUCUUAUGACAAUUCAAAAAAUACCAGUAGUUUGGGCAAGAGCAAUUGUUGAAGCAUCAGAAGCAAUUGAUUCAAGAGAUACAUCAUACACUGAACUAUAUGAUAGAUUGAUUGUUCAAAUUGCACUUUCAUGUCCUGAUGUAUUUGGAGCAUCAGCCACUGAAGCAUUGAGAAUGAUCUUUUCAAAGAAAACAACUUGGAGCCAAAACUCAGUAAAAGAUUUCAUUUUAUUUGGACUAAAUUCAAUUCCACAUAAAAAGUAUUUAGGAAUCGAUCAAUUAUUAAUUUCAUUAAUAUCUCCAAUGUGUAGUCCUGAACAUUGGUUAUUUUCUCAAAAAAAUGUAUUGACCCAAAGAAUAAAUGCUGAUAGAGAACUUAAACAAACACAAUAUUCUGAUGCAAUUGAUAUAUUUUUUAAAGUUAUUCAAACAUGGCCUGGAUUAUUAACACUAACAUCAAAUAAAGGUAUUGAUAUCUUAGUAUUAGCAUUAAGAUCACCAGUACCAAAACAAAUUAAUAUGAUUAUUUCUAAUUUAUAUAAGUUAUUUGAUCUUAAACAACCAAAAAUUCAACCUCAAGGUGUUGAUUAUCAAGAGUCAGUUUCUGAUAAUUCAAUUCUUAAAAACUCACCAUUAGUAUUAUCAUAUUACACUCAUUUAUUAAUUGCCUUGAUUGAUUCUAAUUUUUUUGAUGCACUUUGUGAUGUUUGUGUUGGAAGACAAAUGCAUGAUGACUUUUCAAGAGCUGAGAUACUAUCUCAAGAAUCUAAAAAAGUAGAUAAAAUGAAAACCAAACCAAGUCAUCGUCAAACAAUCUCAGAACAUUCUCAAAUUGGACUUGAAGUGACUAUGAUUGGACUAGAAAAUAAUUCUCCUAAUGAAAAAGAUUCUAGUUCAAUUGAAGAAGUUAGUUGUAUUACUGUAAUUGCAAAAUCUGUUAUUUUACUUGGAGAAUUAUUAUAUUUAGCUGGAUUAUUAUUACCACAACGACAUUUAUCAUUACAAAAGUUAUUUGCUACAGCAUGUAAUUUUUCAUCAAAUCUUCAAACAAGUUCAACAUCAUUAUUAGUAAAUUUACAUUCUCAUAUUCAAUUUAAAAUUGAUGCAAUUAUUAAAGAAAAAAAAGAUAAUGAAAGAUAUACAAUUAAUGAAUAUAUGAGUAAUGAUGUUACAAGUGAUAUUAAUCAAACUCUAAAAGGUUUAAAUAUGAUGGAUGAAACUGAAAUUAAAAGAAGUGUUCAAGCAUCAAACAUUUCAUCAAAUGAUUAUUUAACAUGGAAUUGGGAUGAAAUUUUUAAAUUAUUAACGUCAUUAUCUCAAAAUAUGAGAUAUGUUCCAAUUGUUGAAAAAACGCCUUUCUUUAAGACAUUAGUUAAAUUUUAUCAACCAUCAAAAAAGAGAUUUAGUGAAAUUGAUUGUCAACCAAAAGAAAAAUACACUCCAUGUGGAACAAUGUUAUUCCAAAUUUUAAUUCAAAGUGAAAGUGGUCAAGGAUUAUUACAAAUUAUCUUAAAAGAAAUUGCUGCAGAACUUAAAUAUUUUAUUCAAAUGGCAAAGAAAGAAGAAGAAAGAAAACGAGAUGAAGAGAAUAAAAAAAAAGAAGAUGAUAAAAAGAAAGAAGAUGAUAAAAAAACUGAAGAAGAAAGAAAAAAAGAAGAAAUUAAAAAGAAAGAAGAAGAAUUUAGGAAAUUCUUUGAAAAUUUAAAUGAAAAAGGACAUUUCUUUGAUCAAACACAUUUAAUGAAAAAACUUUCAAAAGAAUAUUUUGGAUUUAUUGGAAGUAUUUGUGAUAUGAAAGAAGCACAUAUUGCUUUAAGUGAUAUAUUUGAUUUAUAUACUCAAGUUCUUGGGAUUAGAAGAUUAGACCCAUUAUCAGACCUUAUUUCUUCAUCAUUUAGAAUAUCAACAAAUGAUAAAAAUACAAAAGUAAUGGAAGCAAUGCUUAAUAGUGAAAAUAUUACACUUGCUAAUCGUGCUAUUAAAGAAAUAAGAAGAUUAUUAAUUAGUUCAGGAGAUAUUACUUCAGAACAAAUGAUGUGGAAAGGUUGGACUAUUCCAAAAUUAGUUGAAAAUUUAGUUAAAAAGAAUCAAGUAAAACAAAAUAUAAAAGAAAUUAUUAUUAUUUUAAGAAAUGCUAUUAAAAAAGAACAUAUAAAAAAAGUAUUUGUUGAAUUUAUUAAUGAUAAAAAAAUGUAUAAUGAAGAAAAUAAAGAAAUUAAUAUACAACAACCUUCAGAAAUUAGAAAUAUAUUUCAAAUAUUAAUUGAUAAUGAAGGUGAAGAUAUUAUUUAUGAAUUACUUAAAAAUGAUAUUUCAAUUCAAAAAUGUAUUGAAAGUACAACAUUUGUUAUUGACGAAUAUAAUAAAUGGAUGAAAGGUGGAUAUAUUGCUUAUAUUCAAAAUUAUGAUGAAAAAAAACGAUUACCUCAUUUCUUCCAAAUAUUAUCUCUUACACCUAUUGGAAGAGGAAUAUUAAAAGAUAAUAAUACAACUGAAAAACUUUAUAUUGAAUUUACAACUUCAAAAUUAUUAAUUAAUAAAAGUGGUGCUGCAAUUGCAUUAUCUUAUAUUGCUGCUAAUGAUAAUAAUGAUGAAUAUAAAUUAGUUGAUGAAGAUAUUAUUAAAUGUAUUAUAAAAUCAAUUUAUGAUGAAUCAUUAUAUAUUAGAGGAAUAUCAACUUGGGCAAUUUCAAUUUUAUGUUCAAAUAAAAAAUAUGAAAAAAUGUUAAAUGAAGAAGGAUGGAAUAAGUCAUAUAAUGGAAUUAUGAUUCCAGGAGAUGGGUUAACUGAUCAAUUUUAUAACCAACAUUAUGAAAAAGUUCUCUUAAAAAAUAUUCCAUUUUCAACUAAUUUCUUAAAUAAUGAACAAAUAGAACUUGUUAAAUAUGUUAGAAAAAUGAGACACGCAAAUAUGUGGAGAAGCUCAAUGAAAGAACUUAAUAAAAAAAGAGCUGAAAAACAAGAAUUAUUUAAAAAUGAUAUUUCUUUUAAUAUGGAUGUUUGUAAAUUAUUAGACAAUGUUAAAACAAGUGUUAUUCAACGCAGUUUUGUCUACGAAAUAUUUCUUGGUUCAUUACCAUUACCAUCUCUUAAAAAUCAAGCACUUUCUUGUUCUGACAAAAUUAUUGGUAUUGUAAAGUCAGAAGCCCCAAUAAAAGAUAGUAGUUGUUCUACUCCAAAAAGAAAUAAAAGAGCUACAAAAUCCCAAAUUUGUUCUGCUGUUGAUCCUACUUUUUCUUAA